AUGGCAUGUGGGCGACGGAUUCGCAAGUACGGCAUCGAGGAUGUUAAUGCGAAGGUCGUGGAGGAUGGUGAUAUGCUUCCAAAGGAUGCCACCUGUGGUGCGUUGCCGUUUGACAACUGUGAUAUGAAACCCGUGGUUGGAGUUAGCCAGGGGAAGCCUCAUCUGUCGACGAUCGCGGCUUCGGCCGUCAAGAUCGGGGGAUCGGUGGGUACACUCGAAGGCGCCUCGAGGUUGAAGCGGUAUAGCCUCCUGACCUUGGACGACGUGAUGAAGGGGCCAAAUGCACGGGGGGGCGAGCGACGUUUCGAGGCCUUGCAGUCACAGCUCCGACGUGCCGUUUACGAGAGUGCGUCCUUAGGUUCGACACCGGGCGGGCUGCUGUGGUGUGUGGAGGCUCGACUCCGAAAGGAUCUAACGCCCGAGGAGAGAGUUACUCUCGACGGUCGGUACGCUUUCAUCCAACUAGAGAGUACAAAAAACUUCACCGACAACAAGACGGCCAUCGACCGCAUCCUCCGGAUAUGGCGUGAUACGGAGCGGAUUGCAUAUCGAAAAUUUCGUCGGUACCCGGGUGAUUGGCAUCUCCUCUUGCACAUGGCGAAGGCUCUUCUCAAGCGGUAUCGGGGAGCGGGCGUAGAGUUCGUGCCGAAGGAUUUGGGCACGGACAAGAGCAAGUCAAGCGAGGGGAGCAACUACCAACGGGCACACUACCAACUUGUGAUGUGGGAGGCACUCAUGUCUUUAUGUCGGAAGAAGUGCGUUCCACCGGGGGAAGACAUGCCGGCGGAGGAUGCCGACAGCAUAGUGGUUGCGUGGAUCAAGAAGCGAGCGGCAGAACACAAGACUUUCGCCCUGUGGGAGCACUUCCUCUUGCACGUCUUCCCUGCCUACAUGACCUUCCGGACAGCGAUGCGCACGGGAGAUUUCAUGCUGCGGCUUGACGCACUUCGCCGUAUCGCUCCCAUUUUCUACAUCAGCGGUAAGGACCGAUACCAAUUCCUGGUGGUGGAUCACCUUGCGGAGAUGUCAAGGAUGUCGGAGUCAGAUCUCAAGGUGAUGUCCGACUUUUUUUCCGUCUCGCUCAGCAAGGAUGCGUGUGCCCGGCUUGGUUUGGAUGAGAGGCAGGAGGUUGCCAAUCGUCUGUACACGACCUUGACGAAUAGGAUAUUUCCGAGUUUCAUCCACAAGCUAGCCCCGACUGCUCAGCUUCGCGAGAUAGAUGAAUUCGAGUUUGGGCGGGAAUUCCUCGAAGGGCCACGUACGGAACGGGACAGUUGCCGGGAGCUGGCUUUACUGCGUGCGCCUGCGGUCAUGAAAGCAACCCAAUGCUUGCGAGACAGCCCGUUAUUUGAGGGCAACUUAGGCAAGGGGAAGGUCGUGGCCUUGGACGAGAGGGUGUUUCCAGAGGCAAAGUGGCAAGAGAUUCUUGGUGCCUCGGCAACGGCGUUAGCGAAGAUGCAGGACUUUGUGCUGUACUUCGUCAAGAAGGACAAGACGAAGAACGGAGCCACCAAAAAGAAGAUCUUCUCCAUCCCGGCUUUAAACACAGAGAACGAGUCGACGAGGAGCAAUGGGAGGUCGUCAAAGCUGAGGGAUACAGUUGGCAACGCCUACGCGGGGUGCCAAGAGAUGAAAGCGGUGGUCCUGAACAUCUGGGACAUGAUCGAAGGAGGGGGGUCGUUGUCUGAGGAACAAGUGGUGGACAUGGCGACGAGGAUUGGAGCAUCGACGCCGUUUAGCAUGGCAAAUGCUACCGGAGGGGCUAAGCAUGCCAACAAAUCCGAAGGCCCGACGAAGUGGCUCCAAGAUCACAGCUCCGACGCCGUCGCCGACGAGCCGUUCUACACCGUGCAUGCCUACGGAGUGGACCUACCUGUGUCGAUACAUCAAGGGGUGAGGCAACGAGACUUGGAGGGUGGGGCACAGGGGGUUAUCAACUACUUCGUGAGCGAGUUGGACUCGAGGUGGCGGAUGGGAGCGGAUCUGCUCCUGGUGUGCAACGACCGUGCUUCACUUGUCCCGGCAAUCAAAGGACGCGAGCAGUUGGGAAGGGCGGACAAGAUCGGAGGAUGCGCUCUCUCGUUAGACCCAACAUCGACGGACGCCAUUCCCCCGUCGCAAUACCAGUCAUGGCUUCGUGACAACCAGAAGGCAGCGCGAGGUGGUAUCGCCGCGCACCUCGCCAUGGGCAUACUCGACGACAAGAGGUGGACUGGAGGCUGCACUCUCAACGGAAUCGUAGCGUUUUACGGUGUCGGGGGUGAGGCUAGUUUGAGAACAUCUGAUGCCGCUGACCCCGCGGUAAGGGACGGGGGGGGGCUACCGGGAGGACCAGCCACAUCACCAGAGAUACCGGCGCCGGUCGGUAGCGUCGAAAACAGCACCGUGCGCUCUGGUGGGGGCGGGACCGAGGAGGGCGGAGUGCCAACGCUUGCGGAAGAGUACCCUCUUCUCCACUACCGACGGGGCGCGGGCCGUUCGGUACAACGAGAACGUGGCCCCAACAUUGGCGAGGCCGAGCUGUCUCUCGUCCACUUCAUCGUGUGGGCCAAGAAGUACUGGGGACGGAAUAUUGAAAACUGGCUGGUUACUUCGGUGGACACGGACCAACGGAUGAUCAUUUUGCUGGCGAUGAGUACGGGGUUCCUCAAGGCCAGUGGAGAGGGGGCGGUUGAAGUGACCGUGCAGAAGGUUGUGGGUGGUGCCCCGAAGUACCUUUGGGUAAACAGGGUAUUCGCCGCCAUCAGCGGCCUCAGGGACGGCAACGAAUCUGUGUGGCCCACGACAGACUCCGGUUUCCAGGGUGGGAUUCCCGACGACGAUGAGAAGAGCGUGCGAACGGAGGGUGUGUUUCGCACGUCUAUCUUCGUGCGUGAGGGUGGUGUAUGGGGCAUCAAGAUCGACGAGUGCAUCAAGUUGUUGGUGACCAUAUUCUACUUCAAGUAUGAAGCUGCCCUUGCUCGUGGUGGCCAGGAGCCCGGCUGGGUUCUCCGCAAUGUCAACGGCGAUGUCACCCAUUACGUCGACGUCAUCCGGAUGCUUAUCCUCAGGCGUGGUUCAAAGAGGGCUACAUCAACGUGCCCUGCGUUCGAGUCCAUGCGCCUGCAGAGCGAGCGAGGCCAUCAGCGGAAAACUGAGUAUUGUUACCUUGGCACCGACAACAAGACGCAAACGGAGAAAUGUGGGUGCCAACCGGCCCCGGGUAAGAAGAGUCUCUGCGUGAGGUGCGGCUGUCGAAAAGCAAGAAGGAAAUGCUCGCUGGCAUGCGUGUGCAGGGCUACCUGUGAAGUAAUUCGACGGUCGGAACCUGAGGCUCGGAUUGCUGCUGCUACCUCCAGCGUUCCUGCUGCGUCCACUGUUCCUGCCACACCUUCCGCUCAUGCUUCACCACCCGUUCCUGCUACACCUUUCGUUCCUACGAGAUCUGCCAUCGUAGCCGGAGCCCUUCGUUCUCUUUUGGCGUAUAGGGCCGCUGGUCAGCAGGCAGCCGCUAGUCAGCAGGCUGCCGCGCCGGAUGAUUCGUCAGGGACCGAAGCGAAGGAGAAGGGGGGAGGAGAGGAGGAAGCGGAGGAGGAGGAGAAGGAAAACGAAGGCAGAGAUGAAAUCCCAGAGUGGGAGUCCGAUGCGUCUGACUACAGCGAUGCCUUCAGCGACUGGGGAUCAGACAUAUCGGAGGGCGGCCCGGAUGUAGGGUGGGGAGAUGCGGGGGGAGUCGAAGGUCCAUGGGGGGCGACGGGAGCUGACUGGUUCUCAGGGGUCAAGAGCCGUGUUGAGGUGUGUAUCUGGACCCGUUUGUAUUUUUACCAACUUCUCGACCAUAAACUAAGGGGUGAGGCACGGGUUCACGUGUGUGUGGUCCGAUUUCAUGGUAUUAGCACGUACAAACCCGAGGUGACCCUAGUUCAUUAACCAACCCUUAUACUUACCGCGUGCCCUUUCCGCUGUUUGUCUUUGCUGCUUCUGCUUGUGUGCGACAAAAUGGUGGCAGUGAGAACGACAGGUUCCUCCGUGCGAAAUAGCUUAUGUUGGAGAAGGAGGAGACCAUGGAGAAUAUGUUGUGGGGUUGUGCUUGUGUGGGGGUGGGUGGGAAACGCACGAGCUGGAUAGGUAGGUGGCACCACCACCGUUGGCCCUCUUGGCUGCAAUCCUUGCCUUUAUUUCAUUCGUGAUAGUUCGGCUCUGGGCUCCUGUAGUGUACAACCUGUGUGUGUGUGUGUGUGUGUGUGUGUGCAGCUAUUUUGUGUACUCCUCUUUUUGUGGUGGUCAAGAUCCUGCCGUCAUAUUUUGCGGCAAGGACUGCUGUCUAUUUCGACCAUAUUUUCAAGCGUGUGUGACGUUCGGGAGUCACUUCAGUAUGUUUGUUUAUUUAUGUCAGUUUUGGCGCCGCUGACUGUUGCAGUGUUUGACUGUAUAUACCAUUUGGGUCGACGUUAGAAGCAGUCUUGAUUGUACAUAGUGUGGACUAUUGCUCGACCCAACUAAAAAAAAACGUUUGACGGAGUAUGGCCGUCCUGCAACCUAACGUCGUACGUGUACUUGAUCGGCGGUGGAAUUGUCGUUCCACCCCCUCCUGUUCAUACGCACGAUAUGCUCUCUGUGAGCAGACCGGGACCUCGCCCUACCACACUUGCUUGCGAAAAUUUGCGUGCGCCCUGCCGGCGAAAUGCCCACAAACCUGCAAGUAUUUCUUUCUUUUAAACGUAUGUAUACACAAGUGUAGCGGACGGGUUUCUUCCCCCCCCGGGAUCGGAAAUUACUAUCGAGCGUGAUUUUUUUGUGUCUUUUUCAAACCAGAACGGGGUCGAAAAAAUUAUCAUCGCGAAACAGAGAUAAGAAAGGAACGGGCUCUUCUUUUUGGUUGUCCCGCAGUUUCGCGGUGAAACAAGAACUUACACACAGGUGGGUUCCGGUUCAAAAUAUGGUGCGCGCCGAUUACGCGUACUCGGCCUAUAGAGCAUGAUGCAACCUAAUUCAAAGUGCUGUACAUCCGUAAAAGAGGCAGCUACAAGGCACCAGGCUUUCUGUAGUACGCAGACUUGAGACACCUGAGCAUGACGCCACCGCGCGGAUGGCAUUUUUCUGCCAAAUCUGUCCUCCCUGCCGGCUACGUGCAACAAAUCACUGCAAGAGUUUGUCAUCUUGCUCUCUACACAACAAUACACAUUCGCGCCAAGUUUCGUGCCAAUUGGGAACAUCUACAGCGCCUUCUCGUGUCCACCAGGAAAGUGCCAUCGGCUCGGUCGAGGUUCCGCCUAUUGGUGAUGUAGCGGCAGUGUGUAUCGGUUGAACUGCUGCUGUAGAUCAUCUGAUUGGAUGGUUUGAAUAUCAGAACUGUCUGUCUGUGUAGUUCCAGAGAAAGUUCCUUGUGGAAGUUAUACUGUUCGGAGUUGGAUCAGCAGAUAGUCAGUAGGGUGCACGUUAGGUGCACGUUAGGUGCACGUUGUGUGGACGUUGCAUGGAUGUGGCACGUGGGAUGAUUACCCUCAACAGGAAUUGUUCUAGUUCGGUUGUAGGGAUCGGAACAUUACGUUGUUGGAACGUUGCGAGUAGUAUAUUGUUCCGAUAGUGUUUGUGUUGGCGUGUUGAUCGUUGGCUGGGGUGCUGGGAGCACACGAGCUAGCCCCCACACGCUGUCACUCCACUUUGCCUACCUGUCUCAGAGGGCAGUUUCUCAAUAAUACAACAUCUUUCUCCAAGAGCCAAGGGUUUACCAACACGCUAUAGCGUUGGUGUCUACUGCUCCGUCGUCCCCUAGGACUGCACUAGACUGCUGUACGAGAAAGGCCUGAUCAACCUGUCUCAUCAUGGCUGAACCGGGGACACCUGCGGGUGGCCAAAGUCAGGGUAAUCCGCAGGAUGUUGGUCCGUGAUGGAGGAUGAGGAGGCAGGAG